AUGGCCUCUCAAGAUGGUCAGUAUCGGAAAAGUCGAGGCUUUCCCGGUUUUCUCCCAGGCUAUCCUGACCCUGAUCAUGGUCGUUCCACUGUGCCUUCGAAUUCAAGGAAGCAAGUAUUACUACCACCUCUCCCACCACCAGUCAAUCUCCCUCCUGGUCUAGAACGCUUGAGCCAGUUAGACCUGAUCAUUAUACACCAGCAGGUGGAGCUGCUCGAAAUGAUACUUGGCACUGAAACUUCCAACAAAUAUGAGAUUAAAAACCGCUUGGGACAACGAGUAUACUUUGCAGUAGAGGAAAGCAUCUGCUUUAACCGUAAUUUCUGUUCACCAUUAAGAUCCUGCACUCUGAGGGUCACUGAUAACACUGGUAGAGAGGUGAUUACAGUGCACAGACCACUGAGAUGUACCAGCUGCUGGUGCCCUUGCUAUCUACAAGAGUUAGAAAUUCAAGCCCCUCCUGGUACAAUAGUUGGUUAUGUUGUACAGAAAUGGGACCCUUUCCUGCCAAAGUUCACAAUUCAAAAUGAAAGCAAAGAAGACAUCUUGAAAAUUGUGGGUCCCUAUGCAACAUGUGGCUGUUUUGGAGAUGUUGACUUUGAGGUGAAAACCAUUAAUGAAAAGAUAACAAUUGGGAAGAUUUCAAAGUAUUGGUCAGGAUUUGUAAAUGAUGUCUUCACCAAUGCUGACAAUUUUGGGAUACACGUUCCUGCAGAUCUAGAUGUGAAAAUCAAAGCAGCCAUGAUAGGGGCCUGUUUUCUCUUUGACUUUAUGUUCUUUGAACAUUCACUGGCUGGGCUGUAACAAGCAAGAUGACAGAAACAAUAAAAUAUGCAGACCAUAUUUCAGUAAGUAAAAAGUGACUUUAAAUGAUCCUCUUUCCUUUGAAGAUGUCCACAUUUGACACUGGUUAAUUCUUUUUUUCAUUUUCUUCUAGAAAUCCCUUGGGCUCAGCAUUUCAUUUCGGAAAUGCCUGGAUAUCAGCUUUCUUUCUUUCUUUCUUUUUUUAAGAAACAUUAAUUAUAGCAUUUAUUAAAAUAUAACUAAACAAAGUAAUUAACUACUUGUGUGUGUGUUUGUGUGUGUGUGUGUGGUAGCUAAAUACACAGUUUCUGGCCUGAGCACGAGGUUGCUUUGAAAUCUGGCCAUUCUUCUUUUUUCUCUUUUGAUGUAAUGGCAUGAAAGAUGAGAGUUCAGGCUUACAGCAUCACUGAUGAAAAUUCAAUGUUUAGAGAAUGCUUUGAAGUUUUUCUGGUACUGGGAUUGGUUACUAAUCAAAAGGGUAGUAGUAUUCCUACUCCACUUUUUUCAAACAUAGUUUCUUCUGUUUUUGUUUUUCCUGAUCACUAUUGAGUUGCUUGUGUUUUUUUCAAUCAAAGGUUAAAAGUUGGGUAAAUAUGUGUUGAAGGAUAGAGUGUAGAAAGCAGAGCUAAUCACUUUCUCCUUCAGCUUAACAGAGAUUUGUUCCCCAGAAAAGAUCAAAUUUAUGAACCAAACCUUGCGGAAAACAUCUCCCCAUGUAUUCAAAUAUUCACUUGUUUCUAUAUUUGUGGGUUACUAUAACACUGCCUAGGAAGAGCAGUUGAAAAGCGAAUGACCAAUGAAAACUUAUUUAAGUUUGAUAACAAGGGGAAUGAAUUAGAAAUGUCCAAAGGUGGAAUACACUGCCUCAUGAAGUCCCUCUGAAGGGAAGAUGCCUCAGAGUUCUUCAAACAAAGGUUGGAGGGUCAUCUGUCAGGUAUAGUGUAGAUAGGACUACCAUUCAGGCAUUGG